AUGGGUGCAGGGGUCAAGCAGCUUGGAUGGAUCGUCCUGUUGAGUACAGAUGAGGGAGGAGCAUCAGAGUCAAAAGCAAAACCUAAUGAAGAGUCAGACAACUCUGUAGCCAACCGCUGGCAUACAUGUGCCACCAAGCAGUUUCUAGAGGAGAUUAACAAGUGGACAGUUCAGUACAAUGUGUCUCCGCUCUCUUGGAACCUGGCUGUCAGGUUCCUCAUGGCCAGAAAGUUUGAUGUCCUCCGGGCUAUUGAAUUGUUCCACGCCUACAGGGAAAUGCGACGGAAAGAAGGAAUCGUCAAGCUGAAGCCUCAUGAGGACCCUCUCCGUUCAGAAAUCCUCAGUGGGAAGUUCACGAUCCUAAACACACGGGAUCCCUCUGGAGCUUCCAUCGCCCUCUUCACUGCUAAGUUACAUCAUCCUCAUAAAUCCUCCCAACAUGUGGUACUCCAGGCUCUGUUUUACCUGCUGGACAGAGCAAUGGAUAGUUUUGAAACUCAAAGGAAUGGAUUAGUGUUUAUCUACGACAUGGGGGGUUCCAAUUAUAACAACUUUGAGCUAGACCUUGGCAAGAAAGUCCUGAACCUCCUGAAGGGAGCCUUCCCAGCUCGGCUAAAGAAGGUGUUGAUUGUAGGGGCUCCCAUGUGGUUCCGAGUGCCCUACUCCAUCAUCAGUAUCCUGUUGAAGGACAAAGUCCGUGAAAGGAUUCAGAUAAUGAGGACAAGUGAGCUGACCCAGCAUUUGCCCCGGGAGUGCCUUCCUGAAAGCCUGGGAGGGUAUAUAAAGUUGGACCUCACCAGUUGGAACUUCCAGUUCCUCCCUCAAGUGAAUGGCCACCUAGAUCCUCUUGAUGAAAUUAUCUUAUUGUCCCUCACUACCUCUGUGGAAAAUUGCGACUCCGUGCACAUCCCAGGCCCUCAGGCCAUGAGCAUCAUGGAGCUUGUGGAGCACUUCAACCACAGUCAGAAGAGGGGGAUUUAUGAAGAGUAUGAGGACAUCCGCCGGGAGAACCUUGCUGGCACAUUCCACUGUUCCAUGUCACCAGGUAACUUGGAGAAAAACCGAUAUGGUGAUGUACCAUGCCUGGACCAAACCCGAGUGAAGUUGACCUCUUCGAAGGGGAGUGGUAUCUCCCAGACAGACUACAUUAAUGCCAGUUUCAUGGAUGGCUAUAAGCAAAAGAAUGCUUAUAUUGGCACACAAGGUCCCUUGGAGAACACCUACCAUGACUUUUGGCUCAUGGUCUGGGAGCAGAAAGUUCUGGUGAUUGUCAUGACUACACGAUUCGAGGAAGGUGGCCGAAGAAAGUGUGGCCAGUAUUGGCCCUUGGAAAAAGACUGUCGGAUCCAAUUUGGCUUUCUCACAGUGACCAAUCAAGGAGUUGAAAACAUGAACCAUUAUAAGAAAACCACGCUGGAAAUUCAUAACACAGAAGAACGACAAAAAAGACAGGUGAUCCACUUUCAGUUCCUGAGCUGGCCAGAUUAUGGGGUCCCUUCUUCAGCUGACAGCUUGAUUGACUUCCUCAGAGUGGUCAGAAACCAGCAGAAGAUGGCGGUCAGGAACUUGGGACCACGCUUCAAAGGUCAUCCUAGAGGGCCACCCAUUGUGGUCCAUUGUAGUGCAGGCAUCGGCAGGACAGGCACCUUCUGCUCACUGGACAUCUGCCUGGCACAGCUGGAAGAACUGGGCACUCUAAAUGUGUCUCAGACAGUGUCCCGCAUGAGAACCCAGAGGGCAUUCAGCAUCCAGACCCCGGAGCAGUACUACUUCUGUUAUAAGGCCAUUAUUGAAUAUGCCCUGAAAGAGGGCAUGGUGCCCCCUGGCUUCCAUCUGCUGGGCACAGAGAGGCAAUAGCUGGCACCUGGGGCCUCUCACCUGGUGGCGGGAACCUCCAUCAAACCUUCCUCACUCUCCCUGGGACACUGCCAAGCCUCUAGGUAGCCAUCAGUAAUGUUGAACCAGAUCUGCCUCUUUUUUGUGUCUCCUGGUACAUGGCAGCCUUUUCCUUUGGCUAGCUAGCUCUGAUGAAAUCUCCACGAGUUGCCAGUGGCUAGCAGCUUGUGUUCUUAAUUUCUAGCACCUGCUAUUGAACUGUGCCUUAUUAAAACCAAAUUGUGGCUACUGUUUUUGGACAGGGGUCCCCAGAGGUAAGUGGGAAAGGAUCUUCUCUUCCCCUCUCAAAAUCCCCUCACCUCUAACCUCCUCACCUUGACUUUGCCACAGUUUGAUGGGGAAGGAGGUGAGCCCACCUCCAGUUCAUCCCAAGAGAGUCUGACCAAGCUCCAUAUUCUAGAGAUCAUCCCCAGUGCCAAGAAGGUGUAAGAAGUAAGGCGUGUCCUCCAGUCUUAUCUACCAUUCUGUGUGCCUGUGUGCGUGUGUCUCUGUGUGUGUGUGUCUGGAUCUGUCUG